GCCGUGGGGGUGCGGGGGCGGCCGGGCGGCGCUGCUGGAGAAGGCGGGGGGUGGGGGGGUGCUCACGAGGCGAUGCGGCUGGGGGCUGCCCGCGUUUUGGGGCGAAUUUCCGCGCUUUUGGGGGGCGGGAGCUCCGCGAAGCGCCGUCCGCCCAGGCGGUGUGUCCCCGCCGCCGCGCCGUCCGUAACCACGGCAACCCGCGGCGGGCGGGCCGCGCCCGGCGCCAUGGCGGCCGCCGGCAGCCCCAGCGUCUUCUUGCUGGCGGUCACCGGGCAGAUCGAGAGCGGGCAGUUCCCGGGCUUUGACGACCUUUACUGCAAGUUCUGCUUCGUCUACGGCCAAGACUGGGUUCCCACAGCGGGCCUGGAGGAGGGCAUCUCCCAGAUCACCUCCAAGAGCAACGUCGCGCCCACCACACUGGUCUGGAACUUCCCCAUCGACAUUACCUUCAAGAGCACCAACCCGUCGGGCUGGCCGCAGAUCGUAGUGAGCGUCUACGGACCUGACUUUUUUGGAAACGAUGUGGUCAGAGGUUAUGGAGCUGUUCAUGUUCCCUUCACACCCGGCAGGCAUACAAGAACCAUUGCUAUGUUUGUUCCUGAGUCCACAUCUAGGCUCCAGAGGUUUACAAGCUGGUUCACAGGGAGACGUCCGGAAUUCACUGACCCCAAAGUGGUAGCGCAGGGAGAAGGAAGAGAAGUAACGAGGGUGCGAUCUCAAGGCUUUGUGACCAUUUCCUUCAACGUAGUGACCAAGGAUAUGAAGAAGUUGGGCUAUGACGUGAGCCCGAGUGACAUGCAGAACCCUUCUCUGGUGCCUGUUACAGAAGGGAUUCAUAAAUAUUGAACUCAGGCGCGAGAUGUUCAAAGGCUCACUGAGAAGUUACGCACUCGGGCUUUUUGUGGCAAAGGGAAAUGAGUAUCUGACUAAACUGAGAAGAUUUCACUUGAUUCCAAAAGAAACACAAGCCUGUGAGGCUUUGGAAUAAUUACCUAAGUAUAAUCCUUUCAGUAAGCAUACAGGCUGAAGUAUUAUGUAAGUUUAUGCCAUCAGAUAAACAUUUAGCAUUUCUAUGAGUAAUAUCAGACUAUCACAAAAUAAGGCCUGAAACAAAAUAUUUUUUAUAACAAUCUUUUGUACACUCUUUAUAUACUUAAAAAAUAGGAAAGUUUAUAGUUGUCGCUGUUUUCCUGUGUUUAAAACAUCAUUGCAAACCCAGUUCUUAUUCUUAAUGUUUUUUGUGGUAGAAAUGGGAAAUUGAAAUUACUGUAUGUUCCAAAAAGGAGGGAAAAUGGAAACGUUCCAGUGAAAUGCACACACGCUUUUCUGUGCCAUGUGCUUCCCUCUGCAAAAGCAACAGCAGUUUAAUCCCACAUAGUCUUUUAGAGUGUGCAGCUAGUUAAAAUAGCUCAUGCAGCACAGAAACAAACCUUUCCACGUUUUUCAGUGAAGCAACCUGGGCUUUUGCAUUUAGAACAACACAAUGACUCUUCCCUUUCCAGAUUCUAUUUCUGCAUCAAACUUCAGGAAGGGAAAAAAAAGAAGAGCCGUUUAUUUUAGAGGAGUUAAGAGAGACCAUAGUGUUAAACAUAUCCUUGCUGCAUGGUUUUAACUUCAGGUAGAACAAAUUGCAUUUUAAGUGUAGAUGUUGUCUGAAAAAUAAACUUUGAAGAAGGCUCUGCAAAGAACAUCGGGGCUGUGUGUGCUGUCGUGAGCCGCGUUUCGCGCCAGAUGAGGUGCCAGAGGCACUGUGCUGCGCGGCAGAGCGGGGACUGUCCCUCCAGCCAGUACGUCACACGGAUAACGUACCAGGGCUUUCCUCAGCUGGUUUGCUUAUCAAAAGAAAGGCAGUAAAAAAAAGCAGCAGGGUGAUGUCCAAGCCUGCUACACUCAGGUUUCCUUUCCCCUCGCAGGACAUAAACACCGGGGGUUAGGGUCAAAGCCCGUGUGCUGCCCUGGGCCCGAGGAGCUUCUCCCAUGGCCUUUCUGUGAAUCCCCUUCUGAUUGAACGUUAGGGCUCUUUUAGGCUGAAUAAACCCAAUUGUCUAAA